AUGGAUUCGACGAGCUCCUUUCCAGCGCCGGCGUCGUACCGACUGAUGCAGAUGACGCAAGUCGCUCAGAAUUCAUACGAAUUGCCUUUCCAGGCUCUCAACACUCCCGAAACUCACCCGUCGCUGCCGCAUCUAUGUCUCCUCGUCUUCGAGGCCGUUCUGGAGGUCGUCUGCGUCAGUCUUCCGGGCUACAUCAUCUCAAGGCUCGGCCACUUCGAUGCCGAUAAGCAGAAGUUUUUGGCGAACUUGAAUGUGAUGCUCUUUACGCCAUGCCUGAUCUUCACGAAACUAGCCUCUCAGCUCAAUGCUGAGAAGCUUUCCGACCUGGCCAUCAUCCCCGCCAUUUUCGUCAUCCAAACUCUCGUAUCCUGGGCUGUCUCGGUCGUCGUUGGCAAACUUUUCGGCUUCAACAGACGAGCCGCCAACUUUGUGACUGCCAUGGGUGUUUUCGGCAACUCCAACUCGCUUCCCAUGUCUCUGGUCCUCUCGCUGUCUCAGACCAUCAAGGGUCUGCAUUGGGACAGAAUUCCGGGAGACAACGACGAUGAAGUCGGUGCUCGAGGUAUUCUGUACCUGCUCAUCUUUCAGCAGCUUGGUCAACUCGUUCGCUGGAGCUGGGGAUACCACGUGUUGCUGGCCCCCAAGGAGAGCUACCCUGAGUACCAGCAGGAGAUUGCUGAAGAGGGUCAGCGCCGCAAUGCCGAUGGCAAUGAGGAGGAGACGCAGCCUCUCAUCAGCGGUCUCGACGACGACGACACCUGCAGCAUGGACUCGCAAAGCUAUGACCCCGCUGGUCGCACUCCUAUUGCGAGCGCCUCAAGAGUCUCCCUGGCCGGUUCUAACGAUGACCUUAAGAAAACCCAGUUGAAGAAGCGUGCGACUGCUGGAAGUGUCACUCCCGUCAAUGAUAGCGAACGCGACGACGACUUGCUUACUUUCCCUCGGAUUCGAUCCGUGGACGAUGACGAUGAGUCCAAGGGGUUCUUUUCCCUGGUCAAGGCUAAGUUCGGGCUAUGGAAGUGUACUGUUUCGGAAGCGCUCAGCCGUCGGUAUGAAAACCUGCCAGGUCCCGUCCUCGCUUUCUUCGGUUUCAUGAAGACAGUUGGAGCCAAGUUCAACAGCUUCAUCUGGGAGUUCAUGAACCCCCCGCUGUGGGCUAUGCUGUGCGCCAUCUUGGUUGCGUCCAUCCCUACCCUGCAAAGGCUCUUCUUCGAGGAGGGGUCGUUUGUUCAGAACAGUGUGACCAGUGCCAUCCGUUCCAGCGGUAACGUCGCUGUGCCACUGAUUCUGGUAGUUUUGGGUGCCAACCUAGCACGCAACACCACGGGCCAUGACGAAGCCUAUGAUCCCGAGGAAGAACGUGUCGGUAACAAACUUCUUGUUGCUUCGCUGCUCUGCCGGAUGGUGCUACCAACCGUCGUCAUGGCUCCAAUUCUUGCUUUGAUUGCAAAGUACCUGCCAAUCAGCAUCCUUGACGAUCCUAUCUUUGUCAUUGUCUGUUUCUUGCUCACUGGCGCGCCCAGCGCUCUUCAGCUGGCGCAGAUCUGCCAGAUCAACAGCAUUUUCGAGAAGACCAUGGGCAGAAUUCUAUUCCAGAGUUAUGUCAUUUGGAUUCUUCCCUCUACUCUUGUCCUUGUGAUGAUGGCCCUCGAGGUCGUCGAGUGGGCCAGGUAA